AAGAUGCUCUCAAUGGUCCAUCUGUAGAACGUGGUCAGGAUGGGGGGAGGUAGAUUGGCUUUCCUCAGCCUCUCAGAAAGUGGAGACGCUGCUGUGCUUUCUUGGUGAUGGAGCUGGUGUUGAGUGACCAGAUGAGGGCCAGACAGCUUACAGAAGGGCUCGGGGAAAAAGUCUGAAGACGAACUGAUGCAGGACGGAGAUGCCAUGAGCCCUCAAAUGCAGGACUCCAAGAGCUUGCCUGGGGAGGAGGAAAGCAACAUAAUGCCCUCUGCACCACCAUUACCAACUUCACCCCCUUCUCCACCGUGUCCGAGACCGAAAUUGAUAUUUCACACGCAGCUUGCUCAUGGAAGUCCUACAGGCCGCAUUCAUGGAUUCACCAAUGUGAAAGAGCUCUAUGCCAAGAUCGCAGAGGUCUUCAACAUUUCUCCCUCUGAGAUCCUCUUCUGCACUUUAAACUCACACAAAGUGGACAUGCAGAAGCUGUUGGGAGGGCAGAUCGGUCUUGAGGACUUUAUCUUUGCUCACAUCCGAGGAGAAACCAAAGAGGUGGAGGUCACUAAAACGGAGGAUGCCCUUGGCCUGACCAUCACAGAUAAUGGGGCAGGAUAUGCUUUCAUUAAGAGGAUAAAAGAGGGCAGCACCAUUGACCGGCUGAAAAACGUGUGUGUUGGUGAUCACAUCGAGGCUAUUAAUGACCAAAGCAUUGUGGGAUGUCGUCAUUACGAAGUGGCCAAGAUGCUAAAGGAGCAGCCACGAGGAGAACCUUUCACUCUCAGACUUGUGGGACCCAAGAAAGCAUUUGACAUGAUUGGUCAGAGGACCCGAGCACCGAAGUCCAGCGAGGGAAAAAUGGUCAGUGGGAAAGAAACUCUUCGUCUGCGCUCGAAAGGAACGGCAACCGUUCAGGAAGUGCCCAGUGAGUUUGAGGAGAAGGCCAUCAAAACAGUUGAUGAUCUUCUGGAGAGCUACAUGGGCAUACGGGAUCCUGAACUUGCAACAACCAUUGUAGAAGUCGCCAAAGACAAGCAAAAUCCAGACGAUUUCGCAGAGGCUCUAGAUUCUGUCCUGGGGGAUUUCGCCUUCCCUGACGUCUUUCUGUUUGACAUCUGGGGAGCUCUUGGGGAUGUAAAGAACGGCAGAGUUUAGACCAAUUUUUCAACCUAGCUGUGUCUCCCUGUAUUCCAACACUGAGAUUUUAGUAUUAUCACAGUAUUCUCCUCUCAGAUAUAACUGCUGUUUUUCAACCCUUGGAUGCUAGUGGUGAUACAUAAUUCAACAAGAGAUUUAAAGAUGACACAUUUUUCACAUGUUUAUUAUUAAUCGUUGACAUUUCUGAACCUCAACUUCAGAGCUAACACUAACCCCAUAAAGUCCUUGAGUGCAAAGACCUGAAGUAUGUGGUGUAUCAUUAAUUCGUUUUUUUCUUGAUGCAAAAUAAUUGACAGAAGACCUCAAAUAUGGACCAGCAACUGGGAACAACAGUCAGAUGAUAAAAUUAUAUUCAAGUUUGGGAUUUAAUGUUUGCUACUUAAUAAAAGCUUACAAUUUUAAUUCAUUUGUUUCAGCUAUAUUUAAAAUCGAUUGGAAAUCAUAAUAAACCUAGUUCUAAACAUUGCUGAUGCAACCUGUAUUACUUUAUAAAACUGUUUACUGAAAAUUGAGACCACAAAAAUUUCAUUUGAUCUUAUAUACUAUGUGAAAGAUUUGGGUGAGAUUAAUAUAUCUUGGCUCAGCUAUCUUUGGGCCGGUAUAAAGUUUAUUGUUACUGAAAUAUAAAUGUAAUAUUUAAUAAUCAGCACAUGUACACCAUGCAUUCAGUGUAAAAACCUAAAAUUCUUAUGGAAAAAACAUCAACAAUUUAAAUGAUUAUUUAAAGUUUAGGAAGUCUGGAAGUGACUGUUAAUUACCAAAAUGCUUUUAGGAAAACAGUUUAUUGAGUCAUAACACGAUUCACAUGCUCCAGAAAUUCAGCGGCUGGUUGUCUAUAUUUAACUUGAAUAUUGGCUGCUGACCAGUGAUGGGAACAUUCCACUAAAUCCGUAUCCAUUAAUACGGCUUAAACACUGCAGUGUGUUUGAGUCUGUCCAUGUAAAGGUCAAUCAUUCGAAUCGCAUAAAUAACAGGCCAUUUUAUAACCACAGACUGCAUGGAAGAUGAAGUGAAAUGAAAAAACUUAUUGCUCUUUGGGUUUUGGCUUGUUUUGUCUUUCAUACUACUAAUGUUUGCUUACAAAUGAAGGUUAUGUUUUCAUGUGUGAAUAUUUUUUGUGUUGUGUAUAGAGGACUUGAAUUAUUGCACUAUUGGCAAGCUUGUCUGCAUUUAAGACUAUUACACAGAGGCUUCUGCACAUGUUUUAAAGGGGAACAGUCACAUCUGUUUAUUUUAAACAGGGGAAACUCCUAGACUACACAAAGCCUAAAAAAGCAUUUAAUUUGACUGCAUUUGACUGAAAUGGGUCAUUGGGCUUUAUUGCCAAAAUGAAGUAGAUGUCAUUAAAUUCAGGGCAUGUAUUUAGUACAUUAUUAACCAGAUAACUGUAUAAAAAGGUCAUACAACCUGAAAUAGCAUAGUUUUUAUAGAUCUUGUUCUUGAAAUAGCAUCAAGGUGUAUCCCAAUGUCACUAUUUGUAUCUGUUAUGUGCUCCAAAUACCCAUAACUUUAUUUUAAUUCUAGAGGAUUGAGGUAUAAAUGAGAAAGACUAAGACUGCUGAUAACAUCUCUAUUUGAGACCAAUUUUAAAGUAAUGUCUUAAGUAGAGAUCUAGAACUAAAUCAUUCUAACCUGUCAAAUUUAGCUCACAGCAUCUAUGGUUGACUGAUGUUUAAAAAAAUAAUCAGCUCACACAAUUAUUUUAUUCUUGUAGUAUGCAAGGAUUCUCACAGAAAUGAGAAUGAACUUACACAGUUUCAGUGUUAUACUCUAUAUGUAAAUUUUCUAACGCAGUAUCGUUGCAUAUCCACUAUAUGAACAAAAGUAUUGUAAUACCUGACUUUUUCAGCUAUAUGUGGUUGUGGUUCUUCCUCAAACUGUUACCACCAAAAUUAGAGGCAUGCUGUGGCAUUGAAUAUUUCCCUCACUUUAACUAUUAGACACAAACCGAGGUUCAAAAAGAUACGGUUUGCAUAGGUUUCAUUGAAAGAUCUUGAAUCUCCUGCUAUACAAUUUCGACCUCAACCCUAUUGAACACCUUUGGGAUGAAUUGGAACGCUGACU